UCAUAACCAAACAAAGAUGGAGAUACUGAAGCCUAGCAUAUCUCCAGCUCAAUCUGCUUGGGCUCACUCAGCCUCCUCCUCUAUUUAUACCAUUACCACCACCACUCGCUCUUAGCCCCAGAGAAAUAAAUACAAGAAAUUAAUGGGUUCCACAAUUUAUCCGGCGAUUCUCCUCAGCCUGCUCUUCAUCUCGGCCUACCUCAAGGCCCAAAUUUCUGCCCAGGAGGCGCCGAUUUUCACCUUCAGUGCGACGUGUCGAGGCUUAGUAGACUACGUGGUUCCCAACGCCACCACUCUCGGCGGCGUCCAAGCUCUCUUUGGUAUCAAAAGCUUAUACACUCUCCUCGGUGCCAACGACCUCCCGACCUCGACUCCACACAAAGCAAAAGUGGCCGCGAGGGAGACUAUCAAAAUCCCGUUCCCCUGCGCCUAUAUUAACAAAACGGGCGCCUCGAACCAGGUCCCGAUGUAUACCGUGCAGGCCGGAGACUCACUCUAUCAUAUAGCCAAUGAUAUUUUCUCGAAUCUGGCAUCUUACAAGCGGAUCGUCGAUGUUAACGACAUAUCUGAUGUGAGUUUGAUUGAGGUGGGGCAGAAGUUGUGGAUUCCGCUACCAUGUAGCUGUGACGAGUUGAACGGAGCCAAGGUGAUCCAUUACGGACACGUGGUGGAAACUGGGAACUCGGUGAAGGGGAUUGCUCAGAAAUUUGGUACUACAGAGGAAGCGAUACUGACCCUGAACAGUGCGAUUGCUGACGGUACGCCUCUCAUGGCCGGUCAACUCCUCGACGUUCCUCUUAAAGUUUGUUCAUCAUCAGUGAGGUCAGACUCGUUAGACAGUCCUUUAUUUUUGCCUAAUGGGGCCUAUGAUGUCACUGCUAAUGACUGUGUCAAAUGCAGUUGCGAUUCCUCAAAAAGUUGGACAUUACAAUGUGAGGCAGCUCAACUUACGCCGACCAAGGCGUGCCCUUCCAUGAAGUGUCCAAAUUCGAAUUUAGCUUUGGGGAAGAGCACUGCCGACACCAGUUGCAGCAUCACAACCUGUUCGUAUGUUGGUUUCAAUAACCAAACCAUCUUCACCACCUUACUCAACCUGUCCACUACUUGUUCAGGACAAAAGAGGAAACUGAAGUUAGGAGUAGGACUAGCGGUUAUUUUUGCUGGAAUUGGGACACUUGUGGUUAUGUUGAUCUGCUGUUUGAGGAAGUUCCCAUCACAUUGUUCAACCUUCUUUUGGAAGAAACAUAAUCAUGCCCAUCAAAGUAUUGAGACAUUCCUAAAUAACUGUGGUCCUCUUCAAGUUAGUAGAUAUAGUUAUUCAAAUAUUAAGAAAAUGACAAACUCAUUCACAGAAAAACUAGGCCAAGGAGGCUAUGGUAGUGUUUACAAAGGAAAAUUACUUGAUGGACAUCUUGUUGCAGUGAAGAUGUUAAAUGAAUUGAAAGCCAACGAUGGAGAAGAAUUUAUUAAUGAGGUGGCAGCAAUUAGUAGAACUUCCCAUGUCAAUGUUGUCAGGUUGUUAGGAUUUUGUUUUGAGGGUCCUAAAAAGGCUCUCAUUUAUGAAUACAUGCCUAAUGGCUCUCUCGAAAAAUUUGCAUAUAAUGAAAAUGAAACUGAAGAAAGUUAUCAAUUGGAUUGGGAAACAUACUAUAGAAUCUCACUUGGCACUGCUAGGGGACUAGAAUAUUUGCAUCGAGGUUGCAACACUCGGAUUUUACAUUUUGACAUCAAGCCUCAUAACAUCCUUUUGGAUGCAGACUUUGUGCCAAAAAUCUCAGAUUUUGGUCUAGCCAAAAUCUGCACUAGGAAAGAUAGUCUAGUCUCAAUGUUGGGUCCAAGAGGUACUAUAGGGUAUAUUGCUCCAGAAGUUAUCUAUAGAAACUUUGGAGGGGUUUCCCACAAGUCUGAUGUCUAUAGUUAUGGAAUGAUGAUUUUAGAAAUGGUGGGUGGGAGAAAAAAUGCGAAUGUUAGAGCUGACAAUACCAGUGAAAUAUAUUUUCCACAAUGGAUCUACAAGCGUCUUGAGGUUGAAGAACUAGGACUAAAGAAAAUUAUGAAUGAAGAAGACAAUGAAAAAGCGAGGAAAAUGAUUAUGACGAGCUUAUGGUGCAUACAAACUAUUCCCUCAAACCGACCAGCAAUGAGCAGAGUCAUAGAAAUGUUGGAAGGUAGCCUUGACUCCUUGCAAGUACCACCUAAGCCUUUCUUAUCCUCACCACCAAGAUCACCAACAUCUGAAUCUUCUAACACAUUUGUUUCUCUAGAUGUAUAAAAAAAUCUCAAACAUAUUUGGAGGUAUACAGAUAAUACUGUAUGAAUGGAAGCACUUGGUUAAAUAGCAAAACUAUCUUGCAAUGUUCAUCAAGAAAAUUUCAAUUCUUUCCCUAAUGUUUUUGUUUGAGCCAAAAUGUUGUAGUAGAUUGUUUUUACCUACAUCACAUUUCCAUGUACCUAUAAAAACAGCACUAGUUACCCCACGAAUUGUUUCCCUCCCCCAAAGCCCAAUGCAUUUGCUUUACUUCAUUGGAAGACCAACAGAGAAUUAUAUUGCUCUAAAGAUCUUACAUCUUUACUAGCAGUAGUAACAGAGGUGAAGUAAUUACCAUCUUAAGUAAUACAUAUUGAAAUAUAUAUAUAUAUAUGUAUAGUUUUGUGACAUUAUUAAUAAACAAUCUCGAAUUCAAUCUCUUCAAGUUUUGGACUUCAUUCUUACUGUGGUGCAACAAACUAUAGUCCAAUGAAGUUUGAAGAGGUAGUCUAGUACAACAUUAACUCAUAGCAGUAUUUUACAGUAUAAUUUUUACCAGAUACCAAUUACAUUUUUUAAAUAAUAUGUUAAACUAAUAAAAGUGGGCUGGAAUUUGAUACUUUAAAA